UCAUACCGCAGGAAUUUUAUCCCCUCCAGGCGUGGUGUGUUGUCCAACUUCAGUACUCGCAAAGGGUUUCCUGAAACUUCUGGGUUUACAGCCACUCAGAAAAUCAAUGCUAGAAGAAGCACUGAAGAAGAUAGUGGGGAAGAGUUCAAGCCGGAUUGUGCAUUCGGGUAGACGAAGUGACUACAAUAUUGAGGAUUCACUGUCCCCAGAUGACCCCGCUCCUGAACAGACAUUUGGACAGAGACGCAGUGAAGGCAAUGCUCAGAGGGUUGCUCCCAGAGUCAUUCCAACUCAACACAACAAGAAACGACAGCUGAAAAAUAAGGCAGAGUUCACAAGGACCUGUACGGGCUUUAAAGCAGCAAAGGCCAAGAUGAUUUCUGAUGACAGAAAUGUGUUACUGGAAACCCCUGCAGUGGAGUACAAGGAGUAUGCAGUUGCAGUCGCAUCAUACUGGGACAAGGAAUUUGUGCAGAAAUUCAGCACCAAGAACUAUUUGUUGGAAACACAGCGCCAGCUGCAAGAGGUCUUUUACAAGAGGAAGUUGCUUGCGAGCCAUGGGAGAGAGAAGCUGGUGAACAUGGAUGUGGAGGCCUCUGUUGUACAGCAUAAAAAGCCUUCAUCAGCUGAGCAAGAGCAGAUGCCCUUGUCACCUGUAUUAAGUGACGGCCUGUCUUUGACUUUCUCGCCGCCAAUCCCACCAGUCACUCCAAUCUUAGAUCCACUGCAGUAUCUCAGAAAGGUUUUCCCUAAAGCUGAAAAUGAAGGCUUACAAUUGUUUGAAAAUGAAAAUGUUCCUCCUCAAUGUCUUCUUACACAACAUACAGAAGUUGGUCCCAGACAGCAAACACAUGACAACUUACAGCAGUACAGCCAUGCCAGAAGCACAUCAGUUUCCCUUGAGCCUUACUCCACACUUCCUCUGGUGUCUUCACACAAACUCGGCACCACGUAUGAUCCCAUUGCAUCAGACAAUAUGUACAGAGCUGCAGGUCUGUAUGUCCCAUGCAAGUUCUCACUCUCCAUGGAUACAGAUGAAGUUGACUUCAAGUACUAUCCCCACACAUUCUGAAAAUAUCAUGGUCUUGCAUUGUGUUGAAUGGAUGGAGGUUGUGUUCAUGUAAACAUAGACAUAGUCUAUGUAGCAGCUAGCGGUUAAGUUACACACAGUCAUCUAUAAACAUAUUGUAAUUUCUUUAAUUAUUGUUGGUGUGAGAGCUCUAGAUAUCGAAGUAUUUGUUCAUUUGAGUUGUCUUUUAUAAUAUCCAUUUCCAAUUCUAUUUAGUUUAGUUAAUGUCAGUAACUGAUACUAAUAUCCGGACAACAUAGCCAAUGUUCUAAAGUCAGGUUAAGUCAUUAAUUAUAAAGUAACUUAUGAUUUUACAGAGCUCAAAACAUGCAAACUUGUAUCUGAUACUGAAGAUAUUGAAUUUAAUAAUUUGGAACACUGGUAUUUCAUUUUCAUUAAUCAUAAUCACAAUGAAUUUUUUAAGUUAAAUUAAUGAUUAUUAAGUACUGGAGUUCAUUCUAACAUAAUAAAGUCAUGAGUAAACAACAGAAAUCAUUAC